CUUCUGUUGCUACUUUGACACAUAAAACAAAAAAAAUAUCUUGAUAAAUGACAAUCAAAUGUAGACAGCAAAUAUUAUCAUCACUUGGGCUUAUCUCCACCCAGUAACAGAGAUGGAAACCACAGCUGCUCCACUGCUUCAACCACCCAACAUCAAACAAUUAGCUGAUUCACCUGAUCUCCACUUCAUACCUUCUAAUUACGUUCACUCUACAAAUGAUCCUGGUGACUCCUCUGCCACAGACCCUGAUGAUUCAAACUCAAUUCCCAUCAUUGAUUUUUCUCUACUCACUUCGGGUGAUCCUCAUCAACGUUCCAUAGCCAUCCACAACCUUAGCAAAGCUUGUCAAGAUUGGGGCUUCUUCAUGGUAGUGAACCAUGGCAUAUCAGAAAAUUUGAUGAAGGCUGUGAUUGAUUGCACACAUGAUUUUUUCAACUUACCAGAGGAAGAUAAGCGGGAGUAUGCUGGGAAACAUGUGUUGGAUCCUAUAAGAUGUGGGACAAGUUUUAAUGCCUCUAAAGAAAAUGUCUUCUUCUGGAGAGACUAUCUCAAGGUCUUUGUUCAUCCUCAUUUUCACUCCCCCACCAAGCCUCAAUGCUACAGGGAUAUUAUAUCGGAGUAUUGUGAGAAAAUAGGGGAAGUGGCAAAAAAGUUACUAGGAGGUAUAUCAGAAAGCCUGGGGCUUGAAGAAAGUUUCUUGGACAAAGCUCUAGACUUGAAGUCAGGCCUUCAAAUCUUUGUUGGAAAUUACUAUCCAAGUUGUCCUCAACCUGAACUUACAAUGGGGAUGCCACCCCAUUCAGAUCAUGGCCUUUUAACACUUCUAAUUCAGAACCAAGUUUCAGGUCUCCAAGUUCAGUAUCAAGGCAAAUGGAUUAAUGUCAAUGCCCUUCCUAAUUCUCUUCUGGUAAACACCGGCGACCAUCUUGAGAUAUUCAGUAAUGGAAAAUACAAGAGCAAUAUGCAUAGAGCAGUGGUGAACAACAAAGUAACGAGGAUAUCAAUAGCCACAGCUCACGGUCCAUCACUGGAAACAAUUGUGAGCCCAGCUUCUCCACUUGUAGAUAAUGAAAACAGCGCAGCAGCUUAUAUUCCAAUGAAGUAUAGGGAUUACUUGGAGUUGCAACAGAGUAACCAACUUGAUGGGAAGUCCUGCUUGGAAAGACUCAAGAUUUCAAGGAACUGAGUGUUUUUUCCCUUUCUUUUCCUUGGGAACUGACCUCUUGUUUCCAAGUGUUUGAUGAGAUUCUUCUCAUAUAGAUAAUAGUGAACAAAGCUUGGCUAAUGGAACAAUAAAAAAGGGCAGCUUGGUGUGUUGCGUUUUUAUUAAGGGGUGUGAAUGGGAAAUGGUAGAGGCACCUUUUGGAUUGCACCUCCCCAUCUCACUCUUCCUUUGUCUAUAAAUUUAGAGGUUUGAGCUCAUUUCUUAGUAAUGGAAAAUCUGAAAUCUUUUCCCCUCUUUUCUA